AUGACUAGGAAUUUUAGUCAGUUAUCUGUUGACUACGAAAACCUCACCAACCUAACAUCAAGAUCCAGCACCAGAACCUACGUGAACAGCCCAACCUCCGACCAGAAUCUUGUGAUUCUUAGUGUGACGUUGAGUUUGAUUGCCCUACUUGGUACUCUUAGCAACUCCGUCGUUGUCAUCAUGACCAAGAGAGAAUCGAGAUACGAAGGACCCAUCGAAGAAAUGAGACGACGAUCACUUGUGUCUUACUUCAUUUACAACCUGUCGCUGUCAGAUCUACUGGGGUCUCUCUUUUCAUGUCCCAGUCUUAUCAUCCAACAAUACGUUGCUAGUCUUCAAACCAAGAUAGGAUGCUCUAUCGUGCGACUUGUCAGCUAUGCGUUUCCAACAUUAUCGACACAAAUUUUGGCUGUCAUUUGUCUUGAGAGGUACAUGAACUUGGUCUUUCCUUUUCGUAGCUUUCCAAUGGUACUAACAAGAAGAAUGGUUAAAUGUGCUUGGGGGUUCACCGCCUUCUGGAGCUUGGCAAUAUCAUUCACCUUUAGCGUAAAUAUCAUCGAAGUCCAGGGCAAUUUCUACGUUUUUCAGUGCGCCCUUGAUCUGGAAGAUCCAACGAAAAAGGCAUUUUAUAUGACAUCGCUAUUUUUUACAUUCGUUCUUCCUCUCAUCAUCAUAUGUUUCUCGACAAUACGUUCCGCUAUCGUCAUCACAAAAUUAAAAUGUGGCUGCAAACCAAAUCCAAGUGCAAAGGUUCGCUCUACUUGGUUGGUUAUUUGGCUUGUGGUUAUAUUUGGAGCCACCUCUUUCCCGUUUGCUGUUUACCAAGGAAUCAAAUCGUUCAAUGGUCAGAUUGUUGAUCCUAGUACUGACUUUAUCAUCCUCUAUGUUUGCGCCAUCCUUGUCUUUUCCAACGGAGUCGUCAAUACCUUCAUGUACUACAAAAAUAUGAAAAGCAUGAAACAGAAAAUAGAUGGAUUAUUUGGAAGACGUUCACCAAUGAAACCCAACACGGUCAACCUCGCCAUGACGUUUGAGAACGUUACCUAUAAACCUGAAUCGCUUCUUCGAGUUCCUAGUGUUUCGCUUUUUGAAGGACGAUUCGAUAGUGUGCAUGGGGCCACUCUUGAACAACGCUUGAACACUUCAUUGGAAAUGCCGAUAAAAACCGAUGAAGAAAGAAGCUUUAGUCAUGUCCAGUUGUCAGUACCAAAAUGCCCAUUGCAAGUUGUUUCAGUCCAUUGA